GCACAUCGUGAUGAAUUUCAAAGUUGGCCAAGCAAGCUCACUUUUUUGGCUCCUCCACAAGAUGAACGGAGGAGUGAGUACCAUCGAACUGUCCCUUGGUGUCCAUCGCCAACGUGAGCCAGGUGGUGCGUCGUCGCGGGGGUCCGGCCCGACAGAAGUCUCACCUCCAGUUCCUGCAGAAAGGCCUUCCGACCCAGAGGGCGAUGCUGCUACGGCGGAACACAUUGCCGGCAAAGAGAAAGUUGGAAAGGCCAGAUCCCUGAUUGCUGAGGCGGAGGCAACGCAAACCGCCCAGAAGCCUGACACAGAUGCGGCCAAAGAUUCUGCUGUGGCAGUGGAGCUGCUGGUGGGAGACCUUGUGAUCACCAAAUCCUCGAAAAAGAAGGCCAAGUAUGACAACCAGAGCGGUGAGGUCAUCUCCGUUUCGAAAAAUCACAUCAAGGUGCUCCUCAAAACCGGAGAUUCUGCAGGAGAACACCACAGAUUUGAAAAAGCCAACGUGGUCAAAAAAGAAAACAAACCAGUUGUGAAGCGCCCGCUUCAGAGCGAAGUGUCAGAUGCCGAUGCCAAACGCCAGAAAGCAGCUGAGCUCUUUGGAGCUGAUAAGCUGGAUGACAUUAA